AUGCAGUGCAAAACAAUUCAACUCUCCGGGGUCGUGCGAUUAUUUGUGCUGUUCUAUUGCCUGGGGAUAACCGCAGGCCGAAUAAUUCACCGUAUCAGUGAUUUCAAUGCACCGAUGGCGGAACCAAUACGCCAGUGCCGUGCCGUUUGCCUCGAGAAUCAUUUGCAUGAGGAAAUCAACAACAUUGUUGUCACGGACGAGUGCACCGAUCGACCAAACUGCUUCAUGUGCUGGGAUUACUGCAAAAUUCUCCACGAAGAGAAGCGCAUCGUUCGCGACCUAAUGUGCAGCGAUGUGAUUUGUUAUAAGGGGUGUAAGACGGCCUGCAAAUACUACGGAGGGUUUUACCGAAAUCUUAAAAAGAAAUCCUUUCCAAGCCCGCUAUCUGCACCGGUGAUAGGACAUCAGUAA